UACUUGUUUUCAUUUAAGACAUUCGGACUUCUAAACCACCUGUUGUCAAAUGUAUCUGUCAAAGUCAGCAGGCCAACUAUCUGCUGAGUGUGUGGAGAAGAAAUGUCUUAUGAAGACAGUAUCGUACAUUUACUCACAUAUUUAAGAACCGAUUUUAGGAGUCCGAGGUCUGGUACCUACAGAACCUCAGAACCUGAACAUGGACCUCAGAAAAAAAGUGCUCCCGUCACCGAGUUUCAGAGGAUACUGAAACCCAUCUGGCAUCUCGUUUUGAUCGGAGUCCUGAGCGGGAUCCUCGGCAUGAUGGUAUUAAUUGUCAUCGUCGAGUGGAACACCAAGCAAAAUGUGUUGACAAGUCUAGAGCAGGUCAAAGUGGAGAUGAAGAACAACACCGAGAAGCUGCUAGAGGAGAAAAGCAGGAUUUCAGAGCAGCUGAACGUAACCAACACAAACUACUCCAUUCUGUUGGCGGAGUAUGAACGGCUGGUGCUGGAAAAUCCGUGCAAUUAUAGCCAGCUGGAGGAGAAAAUCAACAGCUUGAAUUUGGUCUUGCUCAGUCUUUAUAGGGAUAGAAUACAGGUUGAGGAGAGACUCAACCAGCUGACGGCCCAAAUAAAGUCUACCCAGAAAAAUGACCAGCAAACGGAGAAGGAGAUCAAGAGACAGAGUUCGAUCCUAUCCAUCAAGCAACUCGACUACAUCUGGGAUCUUUGUGACCGGACCACGCUGAAGUGCUCCCGCUGCUUCCCGGGGUGGACGGAGCAUGCUUCCCGGUGCUUCUUCAUGUCCAACGUGCAGAAGUUGUGGGAUAAUGCUCGCCUUGAGUGCUUCAACUACAAGGGAGACCUCGCUGUUGUCCGGAACGCCGCAGACCAGGCGUUCCUGACAAACAUGACAUUCCAGUUUGUAAAGGCAAAUCCCGGCAUGACCUUCUACUCGGCAUGGAUCGGGCUGCAGGACAUGGUCAGGGAAGGAGACUACUUUUGGGUCAAUGGAGAGGAAAUCAAUCCAGGUGUCAAUUACUGGAGACCUGGCGAGCCCGACAACGAACUAGCCACCGGGAACACUGACCCAGCCGGUCAGGACUGCGUGGCCAUUAUACCACCAGAUGAGGUGGGACGUGAGGGCUGGAUGAACAGCUGGGAUGACAUGAGUUGUAUUGAGGAAGGUCACUACAUCUGUGAGACUGAUGGCCUGAUUUUGACCUAGGAUGGAAGGAGUCCUGUUUUAAUCUGGCCACAAGACACAUGUGGGAGGAAAUAGUCGGAUCAGAGAGACUGAAAUGUAACUUUCUUGUUAAAAAAGUACAAAACUCUGAACAGACAAAGCUCCGAGUGAAAGAUUGCGGGGGCAGCAUCAUGCUGUGGGGAUGGGAUGGGGUAAUGAGAUGUUAGAUGAAGAUUAAAUAAAUAAUUCUAUACUCUGAGAAAUCUAAAAUUACAGAAGAAGCAAAAGAAUAAAAAAAAAAAAAAACAGACCUGCAACCGAAUCCCAGCUAACUGUUCCUGGUCAGGAAGCUAGUGUUUGCACUUCAGCACAGCUACCGGAUACAGGAAGUUAGAAAAGUUGAAAAUUUCAAUAAACCAUUGCAUUAAAAAAUUUAAUAAUACCUUAACAUUCACAACUAGUUAUCCAUGUUAUAACAGAAAAAUUUUAUAAAAUGUAUAAUUGUAUAAAAUAAAACAUUGUAAUUGUAUAUGAUGUAUAAUUGUAUAAAAUGUUACAGACUAAAGCCAGUUUGGAUAGGGUAACUUUUCAGUCCUUCCCAUUUUAAGACAAAUAAAG